UCAGUACGGUACAAGUAAAAUGGCUGUCGUGUUGUGUUCUGUGUCCUCCGCGUAAAUCGACCGAAAACUUCUUACUAAAUCGUUACUUCUAUAAAAGUUUAAAGAAAUUCAUUUCAUUACUUAGUUAUGCCAUAAUUUUGUCUAUAUGACAAACGGAAGGGGCGCCGGAAUGGCGUCUUUUAUGAGUAAAAAGAAAAAAUACAAGUUUCAAGUGGACGUCGUCAUCGAGGAUCUUCUUGAAGUUCCGUUUGUUUCUGCCGUUUUAUUCGCCAAGCUCCGUUUAUUGGAUGGGGGGAGCUUUCAAGAUCACAGUACAAGGCAAGAAGUGAAAGAUCACGCCGUGAAAUGGGGUUCGAAAUUUUCGUUUCCUUGUAAAAUGUUUGCGAAUGCUUCGACGUGUGUUUUGGAACGUUGCAUUUUACGAAUUUCCGUCCGGAAGGAAUGUAAAGGAGGCAGGUCCUUCACAAAGUUGGGUUUCGUCGACAUUAAUCUUGCCGAGUAUGCGGGAGCUGGGGAGAUUUCGAAAAAGGCUCUUUUGGAAGGUUACGAUGCGCGACAUCGACAAGAUAAUAGCAUGUUGAAGUUUUCGAUUAAAAUGCAUAUGCUCUCCGGCGAUAUUCUCUUUAAAGUGCCAUCUCCAGCGCCUAAACACAAACAAAUUGGAAAUGAAGAUAAUAAUGCGGAUACGAGGACUUUAGAUGACUUUUCUAGUAGUUCUUUAGGUGGUUCUACAGCAAGUGGAAGUUCUGGUUUUGGUAGUUUACCUAAAAAACGUCCACAAUUAUUAAAUUCAGAUUUAGUUAAAGGACCUAGUUUAAUAGAAAAUAACGUCCCCAUAACGAUUUCAACGGAAGAAUCGUCGGCUCAAAUUAACCAAGAUCAACAAGAUGAAGGGCAUUGUGAACAGGGGCACUCAAGAAACUCAUCGAAUACGAGUCAAAUGUCGAAAGCUUCGGGUUAUAGUAGUAUUCACUCACAUUCUCAUAGUAGACAGAGUAGUUCCGGGGAUUCAGGACAUAUACGGAAACCAAUACGGAUCACAACAACUUGUUAUAUCCCAACAACUCAUCCUGAAGUACCAUCACCUUUAAACACCCCCGAAAAAUUACCCCAUCAAAAAACGUUCUCUCCCAACGGAUUAAACCGUUCUAAUUUAUCAACGUAUGCGACACCAAAAAAUUAUCAAUCGCAACUGAGUCAAUUAAGCACCGAUAACAGUGACGAUUAUCGUACCCCCGACGACACCCUCGAUUCGAAUUGGUUAGAAAACAGUUUCGAUUUGCAAAAAAGCUUCUCUUUAGAUCCGGUCAAAUUCGAGAAAAUGUACAAUCGCAAAAGCGACGGCGACAAAACGAACCUAAACGAUUCGGGCGUUUUGCGUUCCGCGAGCGAAGUCCAAAUUUCGCGAAACAGGAAUGUGGUGAAGAUCGAGAAUUUCGUUGAAAAAUCCGAUAAUUUAUUUUCACUUUUAACCCCGAUUCAAAAACGUAAAAAGUUAUCUCUUCAUCAACAACAACAACAACAACAAAACGGCGUUUUUCAUUCGACACCGAAAUCCGGUGAAUUUAAAGUUCCUAAAGCACCUUCGCCACCGAGGUAUCCGGGGUUAUUACAAAAUAAUCGCACCUCUUCCUUAAAUUCCUUAAGGUUUGGUAACCAGACGGAAAAUUGGAGUUGUAAUGGUCAAGGAAUGAAAAGAGGUAUGUCGCAUCGAAAACUGUUAGAUGGACAACAAGGCCCCAAAUUGGCUCCGGUUAUAACAAGUCCGGACGAUCAACUUCCUGCAAUUACCUCAGAAUGCGCUCAAACCUCGUCUACAGUUCGUCGAACGAGCGUCACAGCAAAUCCAAGUUCAAGUAGUUUGGUUUUGUCGGAAACUGGCUCAUUAGAUCGUGCUAAAGCGGCUUUAGAGAAACGUAAAAAAGUCGGUCAAAGCCAAGAAGAAAAUGUUCAAACGACCGGGAGAGUCGAAGAAACCAGGGUGAACCCGAAUCAUUUAAUAGAAGAAUUACUAAAAAGUACCAACUUAGAACCAACGGAUGAUUCGGCAGAAAAUUCUGGUUUACAACUUUUCAUAGCCAAAGAUGGUACAGCUUCCUUAGGAAACCACGAGGUGAAAUCACAAAUGUCGACUGGACAUCAUUUUAAACAGGUGGUGAUGGAAGAUAAAAGGUAGCAGGAGUAAAAUGAGAUCAAAAUUUUGAAAGGAAGGUGAUGAUUUCGUUUAUUUAUUCAUUUAUUAAUGUAAGAAUUAAAAAUUUAAAACACUUUGCCCAGUAUUAAAGAUGAAAAAAAUAAUAAUCGUUGAAAUUGGAGUUUUUUUUGAUUAAAUAUAAUUUCCAAUGUGAUACGAACAUUUUAAUUUAAUCUUUUUUAUUUUGUUUUGAUGAGAGGCCAAAAACAGUUAGGCGACAAUAUUUAUUUGUAAAUUAUUUAAAAAAGUGUAAAAAGGUUUUUUUUUAUUUAAGAUGUGAAGAGAAGUAAGUUUAUA